GGAGACCUCUGCCAGUUUAGUCGUCAAGGACACAACUGGGGACUGUGCUGUUAUGCGUGUCCAACAUGGCGACUGAGAUCCAGGAAGCGCUCGCUUAUGUCAGACAAAAUGUGUCUGAACUUCGUCAUCUAGGCAAGGAAUGGGGGUUGAACGACGCGGAGAUAGAAACAUGUGUUCAGCGAGCCAUGUCGAUGAAAGUAGACACCAAGAAAUUACCUAAAAAGAAAGAUCGCAACUCCCAAGCAAGAAAGUUCGCGGCCCGGAAGACUUGGUCCCGAUGUCGAUGGUGCUUCAACAUAUGUUUUGGACUGGCAGGGGUGCUGUUUGUCGCGACGACGUUGGCAGCGGGCGUGAUGGCAUAUCAAGCCAGGUCAAUUUUCCCCUCUCGGUUCAUUCUCCCGUAUGCUUACAACAUAAUGAGGACGAUGCGUCUCAGCUUGAGCGUUCCGCUUCAGCAAGCAUUUCGCAUUGACAAGUAUUACGACUCGGAAUGCCUCAUUGAAAAUCCCAUGUUUAAUGACCCUUCGAUGGACUGCAUGAACUGCCAGCAGAUGAACACGGCACAAGAAAUGACGGCCACGACUGAGUUCGACCUCUCCAUUGUUUCAGGACCAAUGGUUUUCAGGGGUCUCCAGGCUCCGGUACAUCUCCGUGACGUGUGGCAAGUUUUACACAAGUUCAAGGACAACCACAUGCUGGCCAAACAUCCCCUGGAGUGUACAGCCGACUGGGCACAGUCUACAAGGGAUCUUGCUCGACCAGAUUUGCUUGACAAAAUAAUUCAGGAGGAAAAGUUCUCAUGUAACUGGGAGAGCAGGGAUCAUCUGUUUCAUGGGCAGCUUAUGCGAAGUCUGUUUCCAAAAGUGUCGGUCAUCCCGUCCAAUUCUGAGAUUUGUCUACAGAGGAACAUCUUCAUUGACGGGACGGGUGCUCAACAUCGAAAACUUCCCGCCAGCACACUGGGAGGGUACAGCUGGUACGCCCAGGGGACAGGCACGCGGACCCUCGUGUUCCGCCCACACCAGGGAUGUGAUGACCUCUGUCAGUCCGUGAGCAUCACCGUGAGGGAGGGAGAUAUAGUGUUGUUCAUGAGUGGCGCCAUGGAUGUAGAAGUGACCGACAACAAAGAGGAAAUCAGCAUCAGCUAUCUUGGACACAUGCUGCCGGAGCUGCCGCCACCACCGGCGCCUGACACUGCAGACCAAUGAGUCUUGUCCAAAAACCGCCUCCUGCAAAAUAAUUUCAAACAAAUCAUUGACGUUCUGUUAAAACACCAUGUCUUGUAACUCCAGAAAAAAAUCUUGAUCUUGAUUAACUGGUAUCAUUACUUGAUGGGCCCGGUUCACAAAGUGAUACAUGUGUUUUGGACUGGGAUGAUACACCACUUGUGCGAUCAGAUACGUAUCACGAUACCUUGUUCACAAUCCGAUACAUAUGAUGAUACUUGCACAUGCUCUUAGCUGUUGUGUGUAAUCCAUCUUUUUCAAAGACAGGAUGGCCAAAUACCUGGCACACUGACGAUUGACAGUUGGCAGUGUCAAGUAUGUCACAAUGGAUGAAAAUAUUUAUGUUUUCAAUGCUAAUUUUCAAAACUAAUUAGUGUUUGGUGUAAUAGUUAUUAAAGCAAACAUUUGAAGUAAGAAUGAUAUUAAUUACGACUGUGAUUGAUACUUGUAUCGAGAAGUAAAAAAUCACAAUCCACAAUGCAUCAGUGUAUCGUCCCACUACUACUUGUGUUACGACUCACAAGUCCAAUACUUGAACAGAUUCUCAGACAGCUGUAGCAGCAGUAAAUCUUUCUGGAAUGGGCCCUGGUUCCUGUUGGGGAAAAUUCCAAUUGAAAAUACAUGUAGUUCUUGGAUUGUCUCUGUAAAAGAAUGUUUGGGAUAGUUUGGAAAGUCAACCUGAGAUAUGUUUUUGCUUCAGACCAAGCCCCGUAAGUACCUGGAAGCAUUAUGUGUGUGUUAGCUACCAGUUGAUAAAUCCAUGGAGCUGUAUUACGCUUCGGUUGAAUAUAGCAUUCCACGUCUUGUCAAGAAUUCCUAAUGUUGAGAAUUCCAUCUUUUUCUCAAUUUGUCAUCUCAUUUUUGAGGAAAACGUUUUCUAUUUUUUUAUGUAACUUUCCUUGUCUUCUAUACAGAUACCCUGUUUUAAUGUAUAAUGUUUAAUACAACUGAAGAAAUAUUUGAACGAAUGAAGUAUUAUGAGUGAAUAUUUGGAAAGAGGACAAUUAUAAACUGUUUAGAUGUCACUCUAUGUAUUAAGUUAAAAUUUGAAUUAAACAAAUGAAGAUAUUCUU